UUCAAAAAUGUACACUUCAUGUCUUGACAAUUGAUGUUGAUUAAAUUUGGCGCUCCGUAGUUAAAUUGUUACAAAAUGAGGAAUGGCGAUUGACAAAGUGAAAUCUUAUUUUAAGUCGUUUGACGUUAACUUUCCUGUGUUUUGUUUGACAAUUCUGUUUGGACUGGGGUCGUGGCUCACAAUUAAUGGAGUCUGGGUAGAGCUGCCGACCAUUGUUAACUUCGUUCCCGAGCAAUGGAAAUUGUCAUCAUACCUAUCCAUUAUAGGCCAGAUAGCCAACAUCGGUCCUACUGCUGUCCUCAUCCUUAACAAAGUGAGACCAAAGUGGCUUAACGAGACCUUCGUAACCUACGUCAUCAUCAUUGUAGGCACUGCGUCAUGUAUCUCGUCGGCUUUCCUGUGGCAGAAAACAUCAGCAGUAGGAGGAGAGGAACACAGUGUGGCGUUGUUUAUUUUCGUUUUUCUUCUUGGUCUUUGUGACUGUACAUCUACAGUUAUAUUUCUACCAUUCAUGGCCCUACUGAAGCCAGACUAUAUGACAGGGUUAUACAUUGGGGAAGGUUUAAGUGCACUUGUACCAGCAGUGAUAGCUCUCGGUCAGGGCGUUGGAAAUACCGAGUGUAGGAAUGUAUCAACUGUCAAUAUAACAAUAAAUAUUACAAUCUUUCACACAGAACAAGUUUCCUCUUCUCCAAAUUUUCCCGUACGAGAUUUCUUUUUGGCGUUAGCAACCAUGAUGAUAAUCUGUGGCAUAUCAUUUUCUUUACUCAGAUAUGCCCCUUUCUGCAAGAGCGAGCGAUUAAGUCUUACAGACAAUUCGGCAAAAUCUAUCUCGACAUCUUGCCAAUUGCAGGAAAAGAAAGACUCGGCAAAUGGUCAUGCAGACACUACUGUGCUUAUUCAGAAACAUGAGCAUAGCAUGUCAAAGACAACCAAAGUUGUGUGGUUAGCUGUUAUUAUUUGGGUCAGUUUCCUAGCAAACGGAUUUCUACCUUCCAUUAGCACGUAUUCCGCCUUACCUUACGGGACUGACGCUUACCAUUUGGCAGCCAUACUAGAAAAUAUAGCAAAUCCUUUGGCGCCUACUUUGGCUUUCUUUCUUCCAGCCAAAUCCUUUCGGUCCCUUUUAUCUACUGCUUUAGCUGGCUCAAUUUUCUCUGUCUAUCUCAUAGUUUUGGCGGGAAUGAGUCCCAGUCCACCACUUGCGGGUUCACUAGCUGGGUCAUUUCUUAUGGUGGUGUGUUAUAUAGGGAAGACUUGCCUGUUUAUAUAUACCAAGGUAUGUGUUGCCGUAUUGUUUCGCCUUGAUGGAAAACAAUCCCUGUUUUUAUUGGGAGGGGUCACACAGUUGGGGGCAUGUCUAGGCUCCGUGGUGGCCUAUAUUCUGGUCAACGUGAUUGUGGUCUUUCAAAGUUCUCCACAGUGUUAAUUAACAUUAUUAUGUUGGUGUAAAUGUACUAGUAUAUUGGAGUAUAAUUCUAUCAGGAGUACUGCCACCAAGUAAGAGAUAUGGAAGUUUGACUACAUCCUCCAGGAAUGCUAGUCUGUUCAAAAAGGAAGUCUUAAUGUAGAGAAAUUCAAUGUUAUUUUUACAUGCUUUUAUUUUUCAUUUUCUACUUAAAUCAUAACAUGCAAGUAAAAUAAUGU